GGUCAAAGCUGGUGCACUCUAUUUAGAAAUUUUUAAGAUGUCACUGCAAAGAGUUAGGUCAAGAGGAAGCGUCUCCAGAAACUCGGCUAGUAAUGCUCUCCAAGACUCGGACAGACUAAGGGGCACACCAUCAGAGGCUAUAGACAUUGGAUCACUGGUGAAGAGAUACAAAAGACUGGAAGAUCUCUUGUUUCCAUUCAAGGUUGUUUGGGAUGCAAGCCAUUAUAUCGUAAGAUGGGAGAACUAUCCAUUAACCGUCGCUGUUGUCUUUGUACUCUGUGUGCUCCUCUAUUAUCCCUCACUGUUCCUGGCAUGUCUGACAUUGCUAGCCAUUGCUGCCAUGGCAGUGGGCAAGUACUACAGUAUCACUAAGAGCCUCUCUCUUCUCAAGACCAGGGAACCACCUAACAUCGAGCAACUCAACCACGACUUACAAGAACUACAACACAUAGAGAGGGAACAGAAGAGCUCUCACUUAUUGCUACUAGAGUACAAGCUAAUAAUGCAGAAUGUUGAAAGAUAUUUUUUACUCCUUACCAAAUUUUUAGACUACUUGUAUAGAGUCUUCUUAUGGAAGUCUCCUGAAGUAUCACUAUGUGUCACUGUACUGCUCUGUUUGUGUUUUGUGCUGUUCUGCACUGUCUACCUGAGAUUGAUAGCUUGCUGUGCUCCAGUGCUAACACUCUGUCUAAACAGACACUUUCUCAAGAGAACAGUGGACCUGUGGAGGACAGCUGGACUCUUUGUGUACAGUCAUGUGAGGUUAAAGCGACAACCUGCUGAGAAUGAACUAGCAACCCCUAGCCACAAGCCAUGCAGCGAGAAUGGGAUAGCUGAAGAGGGAGAAAGAUCCAUUGAACUGAUGGCUAAUGGUCAGUGUGAGGAAACGGGAGAGGGCAGUCAGUUGGAAGAGGAGGUGGAGCUGGUAGCUUCAACUACAUUCGACACUGAGCAAUCCUCUGACCCGGCAGCUCCCAGGGACCUCCCUAGACCUGGCCGGACCACUAAUGUGCCAGUACGCUGUACGAAAUGUGAUGCACCGUUCACCUUAAUCAAGAGACGGCACGAUUGUGCCAACUGUGGCAACACAUUUUGUGGCUCCUGCACUGUUAAAAAGAAGAGAGCUUUUCUUGGAGCAACUGCUCCAGCAGCGUAUGAAAGGUCAGUACGAGUGUGCAAUGAUUGCAAAAGUACUCUCGAAACAGUAAUGAGAGAAGUCCAAUCUAGAGACACUAUAAUAGUGCUGUGAACAGAACAUAACCUUUCCUUCCUUCAUCUUUUGUUUAAUAAUUCUGUCCUACAUAGUCAUCUUUUUAAUGCCAUGCAUAUAUAGUAAUUUAUGAGUGCGUCAUAAUCAUACAAAAAAUGUCAUGAUAGUUAUUAAUAUCAAUAUGAA